GAGAGUAAUCUGAAUCGUUGAGAAUUUGUGGGAAAUAUGGCAAUGAGGACGCCAUGGCUGGCGCGUCACGGCCAUGCGCUGGCGCCCGCGGCCGCGGCGCAGUACAUUGCGCCUUCAUUGAAGGUUUCCCACGCUGCGAAUUGUGGUCCGACGAGGUGUGUAGCGAAUAAUCAGAUGGUGAUGCUCUACUCGUGCGGAGCUCCGGAGCGUGUCUCCUCUGUGAGAUGGGUUGGGAGUUUUUUGAACCCCCUGGAGAAGUUGGCUUUGCCUACAUUGAGGAAUUCCGGGAAUGUGGCUCCGAGAGUGUUGUUGAGUGCUAGAGCAUCGACUAAAGGAGCUGUUCAAGGAGAUGGGACUGGGAAUCUUAAGGGCUCCGAGGUCAGGGUGCGGUUCGCUCCAUCUCCUACGGGAAAUCUUCAUGUGGGCGGAGCUCGGACUGCGCUUUUCAACUAUCUGUAUGCUAAGUCGCUCGGUGGAAAGUUUAUCCUUCGUAUUGAAGACACUGACCUGGAGCGGUCAACAAAGGAGUCAGAGGAAGCCGUUAUCCGCGAUUUGCAAUGGUUAGGUCUUGAGUGGGAUGAAGGCCCUGAUAAAGAAGGAGAGUGUGGCCCUUACCGGCAGUCAGAACGGACUCAUAUCUACCAAGCAUAUGUGGAGAAGCUUCUGAAGACUGGUCACGUGUACCGCUGUUUUUGCACUGACGAGGAGCUUGAAGCAAUGCGAGAGGAAGCGAAAUCUAAGAAUAUGCCACCUAGAUACAUGGGCAAGUGGGGUUCUGCAUCUCAGGCCGAGAUUGAUGCAGAGCUGGAGAAGGGCACACCAUUCACAUACCGUUUCCGAGUUCCUCAAGAAGGGUCUGUCACCAUCCACGACUUGAUCCGUGGCGAGGUCUCUUGGAAAAAGGACACUCUAGGUGAUUUUGUGGUGCUGCGAAGCAAUGGACAACCUGUAUACAACUUUUGUGUGGCUGUCGAUGAUGCAACCAUGAAGAUUUCUCAUGUUAUCAGAGCGGAGGAGCACCUACCCAAUACCUUAAGACAGGCUUUAAUUUACAAUGCUCUUGGAUUCUCUAUGCCUCAAUUUGGGCAUGUAUCUUUAAUUUUAGCUCCUGAUCGCAGCAAACUGUCCAAACGUCACGGAGCUACAUCUGUGGGCCAGUUCAGGGAGAUGGGCUAUUUGGCUCCUGCCAUGGUAAACUACCUAGCCCUUUUGGGUUGGAACGAUGGAUCGGAAGAUGAAAUUUUCACAAUUGAGCAAAUCAUUGAGAAGUUUUCUAUUGAUCGUAUAACCAAGAGUGGAGCAAUCUUCGAUCAAACAAAGUUGGGGUGGAUGAAUGGGCAACAUUUACGCUUGAUGCCAACUGAGGAUGUGGCAACCAUGUUUAGAGAACAAUGGUUAAAGGCGGGUAUUGUCUCCGAGUCAGUCUCGGGAUCGUUUAUUGAUGUAGCGGUUGAGCUACUGAAGAACGGAACUGAGCUAGUGGCUGAUUCUGAAAACCACUUGCUCAGCAUUUUACAUUACCCUCUUAACGAGACUUUAACAAGCUCUGAAGUGAAGGAUGUCGUUGAUGAUAACAUAUCUGAAGUUGCCGACGCCAUUGUGAGUGCCUACGACAAUGGUGAGUUGCAAGCCGCCAUUGAAGGAGGGCAUGACACCUGGAGCAAGUGGAUCAAAGCAAUGGGAAAGGCUUUCAAGCGCAAGGGCAAGCGCUUGUUCAUGCCUGUACGAGUGCUACUCACUGGGUCAAUGAAAGGCCCUGAAGUUGGGGCUGUGCUUGACCUUGUAAGAGAGGGAGAGACAACUGGUUCAGUGACUGAGAAGGCUGGUUUAGUGCCUUUAGAUGCCCGAAUUAAAAUUUUGAGAGAGGUGGAUUGGGCCGCUGUCACAAGCAAACUUGCGGAAAGUGCCAGCCAAGAGACAGAACCAGCUCUUUCACAUUGAGCAGUUAGUGCAGUGAUAUAAUUGUUUAUGAAGAUACAUUAUACUGCGGGAGUUUAGAUGCAUUGAGGAGCUAGAUAUGUGAGGGUUGUGUUACCGGCCCAUACCUUUGUCGAAAACCUGGAUCAUUUGUUGAAUCGAUAAUAUGAUAUGGCUUAGUCAGUAAAAAACGGCUAGCAGAAUUGAUCAAAACGAUUAGACGUGUGUACAUCCUCCUUUGAAUUUUUUACAUUAACGAAUGGAUUGAUACACAAGCCUAUGCUAUGA